CCGAAACCCACCAUCCGCCAUCCCGCUCGUGCUCCGUCGAUGCACUCCCUCCUACAAUGCAGCCGCCGGCGCCUCCCCAUCGUCGCCGCCAUCCAGCGCCGUAGCCGCUCCCUCGUGACGCUCGCCAUCGAGACGUCCUGCGACGACACUGGAGUCGCCAUCCUCCGGCACACGCCCAAGUCGACCGAGCUCCUCUUCAACGAGCGCAUAUCGUCCGACAACCGCGCCUUCAAGGGAAUACACCCCCUGGUCGCCGUAAAGGGCCACAGCUCUGCGCUGGCACCCCUCGUCCGCCGUGCCCUCGACGCUCUGCCUGACGAUGUCGGUGAUGGAAGGCAUUGCACUGCGCCCGGCGGCGCUCGCAAGCAGAUCCCGGACUUUGUCUCGGUGACGCGCGGGCCUGGGAUGCGCUCCAACUUGGGGAUUGGGCUGGAUAUGGCAAAGGGACUUGCCGUUGCUUGGGGUGUGCCGCUGGUGGGAGUUCACCACAUGCAGGCUCACGCCUUGACACCCCGCCUGGCGAGAGCGUUGGGCAUGAGUAUGGGAGAGAAGCAGACAGAGGAGGGGACCAGAUCCGGACCAGAGUUUCCCUUUCUGUCUCUCCUCGUCUCUGGAGGACACACACAACUCGUCUACUCGUCCGGCCUCACAGACCACGCUAUCCUCGCCACGAGCGGUGAUAUUGCCGUCGGGAACCUGCUCGACCAGACAGCCCGUGACAUCCUCCCCGCGGAUGUUUUUGACUCGAGCGAUCAUGUCAUGUACGGUCGUCUCCUCGAGGCCUUUGCCUUCCCACCAGGCGAGGACAUGGAAUCUGCUUACGAGUCUGUCUUUACACCGCCGGCCUCGCGGGCUGCUGAGAUGGAGCCUCCCCCCUCAGGAUACGACUGGGUUGUGCCGACACCGUUCAGGCAGAGCCGUAAGCUCGCCUUUUCCUUUAGCAGUAUCUACACGCACGUGCACAAUAUUGCUACGGAAUCAGGCUCAUCUAUGUCUGUGGUUGAGCGCCAGACACUGGCACAACACACCAUGAUGGCGGCCUUUACACACCUCGCAGGUCGGCUAUGCGUAGCCUUGGAGGAUAGGCCAGAGCUGUGUGAGGCAAAGACACUCGUCGUGGCCGGCGGCGUGGCGAGUAAUCGCUUCCUCAUGCACGUUCUUCGCCGGAUGCUGGCAGUUCGUGGGUUUGGACAUUUGCAGAUCGUAGCACCACCUGUUGAGCUCUGCACCGACAACGCCGCCAUGAUUGCGUGGACGGGCAUGGAGAUGUUUCAGGCCGGCUGGGAGUCUGAGGUGAAUAUCACGGGGAUUGGAAAGUGGCCUAUGGACCCGGAGCAUGGGGAGGGCAUAUUAGGUGUUGACGGUUGGGUGAGACGAGAGUCAUGA